CGUGCGGGAGAACAUAGACUGCUGACACCGGAGCGGCGUCAAUAUGCCUGCAGAGGCUACGCGUUUAGGACGCUUCACUUUGGAAAUUCACCGAUCAGCCCUGGCGUCGACAUUGCUGUGUUUUACAAGUAAAGAUCAUCUACUUUCGGCUGUUUAAAGUGUCUCUGCAACAAGUAGCCCGUCGAGCGCGACCUUCAUGUAUCCGCUCUGUGAGUACAGUGUAGGUGAAAUGUAAAGUAGAUUCGCUUUGGGACGUCGCUAUUUCCCGGCGAUAUUUAUGUGCUUUUAUUUUUUAAUAGGCAACGGUAAAGCCAAUAACUGCGCUACUAAGCUUAAGUUACGUCUUUGGUCGCUUAAGGUUAUAAAUAACGCACAGACCCACGGCUCGAGGAAGGACAAAAAAACUAUUCUUGUCCUACUGAACCAUUUAUAGCUCAUGUAAACCUUUUUAUAGGCUGCUAAUUAUUUAUUUAGUCGCAGUUGCUUACGAAAUACGAGAGAUAUUUAGGGGUGGCCAUGUCAAGGUCCGAAAAGUAAGAACUUAUCUGAAAUUCUUUUUUUUUUAAAGGAAAACUGCGAAUAAUUAAAUAAGUAAAUAUUAUCAAAUAUAUUGGGGUAUAUUCAGAAUGUCUCAUGCAGAAGUUGACUUGGGAGGGCGCGGAUUUCCAAAUUUAACAGCGGGGCUGGAUGACAGCCUGUCUGGCCAAAUCGAGCCGCUGCUUCGGAGACACUCGAUAAGCGCGCGCAGGAACUCCUACAUCCUGCACAGGCUCAGCCCGGAGCCCAAGCUGUACGACGGGACGCUGCCCUGGUCCUCCAGCAGCAUUUUCCCCGAAAGCAGUAAGGAAGAUGGAAACAUGGGCUCCCUGCCUCCCGCAUCUCCCAGCAGCCCCCCCAGCGCAGAAACCACGGAGCCCGUCUCAUCCCAUGAUAAGUGGGGCGUCAGGGUCCCCGGUACCAGCACCCUGGAUACCAGUACGGAUUCCGAAGACGAACUCGCCUCCACUAAAAACCAGAAAGUUGUUCUGUCGAGCGCACCAUUUGAAAGUAAAUGGGAGCAAGAGGAAAAAGAGGAGAUUGAAACGAAAGCCGUUGCCACUUCGCCCGACGGCAGGUAUCUGAAAUUCAACAUAGAAAUCGGAAGGGGUUCCUUCAAGACCGUCUAUAAAGGUCUGGACACGGAGACUACAGUGGAGGUGGCAUGGUGCGAGUUGCAGACGCGGAAGCUGACGAAGGCCGAGAGGCAGAGGUUCAGCGAGGAGGUGGAGAUGCUAAAAGGUCUGCAGCAUCCCAACAUUGUGCGCUUCUACGACUCCUGGAAGUCCACCAUGAAGGGCCACAAGUGCAUCAUCCUGGUCACAGAGCUGAUGACAUCAGGGACUCUCAAGACGUACCUUAAAAGGUUCAAGGAAAUGAAGCUGAAGCUGCUUCAGAGGUGGAGUCAUCAGAUCCUGAAGGGCCUGCACUUCCUGCAUACGCGCACCCCACCCAUCAUUCACCGCGACCUGAAGUGCGAUAACAUCUUCAUCACAGGGCCCACAGGUUCCGUUAAGAUCGGUGACCUGGGACUGGCCACUCUGAAGAGUGCCUCUUUCGCUAAGAGCGUCAUUGGGACGCCGGAGUUUAUGGCUCCGGAGAUGUACGAGGAGAAGUAUGACGAGGCGGUGGACGUCUACGCCUUCGGGAUGUGCAUCCUGGAGAUGACCACGUCCGAAUACCCCUACUCAGAGUGCCAAAAUGCAGCCCAGAUCUACCGCAAAGUCACUAGCGGAAUUAAGCCAGACAGCUUCUUCAAAGUACAAGUCCCUGAGCUCAAAGAAAUUAUUGAGGGAUGCAUUCGCAUGAACAAAGAUGAAAGGUACACCAUCCAGGACCUUCUGGAGCACACCUUCUUCCAGGAGGACAAUGGUGUCCAUGUAGAGCUGGCCGAGGAGGAUGACAUGGUUAAGUCAGGUCUCAAGUUAUGGCUGCGUAUGGAUGACACUAAGAAGCUGCAUGGCAAGUACAAGGACAACAAUGCCAUUGAGUUCCUUUUCGAGCUCUACAAGGACGUGCCGGAGGAGGUGGCACAAGAAAUGGUGGUGCUGGGUUUCGUGUGCGAGGCCGAUUACAAGCCCGUGGCCAAAGCCAUCCGUGACCGUGUGACGGCCAUCAAGCGCCAGCGUGAGAAGCACCGGCGGCAGACGGAGGAGUUGAGGAAGAAGAAGCAGGAGGAAGUGGAAGAGGAGGAGAUCGACCCGGGGCCACCUUCCCCGGUGCUGAACCAGCAGGCCGCGCAGAGAUCUGCAGCUCAGACUCCGCCUACCACCACCUCUCCAUGCCCCGCCCCUUCCCCAGUGAAUGGCUCGGUGGACUCUGGCAUCAACGCCAGCUUCACGGCUGAGCCCGAUGAACCAGAGGCAGACCAGCACCAGCACUACCACAUCCGACAUACCAGCUGCUCUUCUGCCACCUCUGACUGCGAGACGGAUGGAUACUUAAGCUCAUCCGGCCUGCAGGAAACUCCGGAAGGUGUAACCCCAGUGGUCAGCAUGCCGUCAUCGCCCGCGGCAACGGCCGCCAUCGAGAUUCCCGGCCAUAAUCCGAUGCCGGCCCUCAGAUUCCCCUCGAGCAUCGCCGUGUCCCCUAACAGUGGCCAGUCCGGUCCUGCCAGCGGCUUCUCCUCUCCUGUUGACAGCUACGCCUCCGACGUAACAUCAGGCCUGAGCGAUGGGUACGAGGGCCUGUCUGAGAAGAGCGCCAAGUCCCCCGUCAAGCGCAGCUCUGGGAAGCUGUUCCGGAGGAGGGCGCGCUCCCGCCUGCGCAUUACGGGGCUCUCCGACAAGGUGGACAGAGUGGUGGAGUGUCAGCUUCAGACGCACAACAACAAGAUGGUGACCUUUAAGUUUGACCUGGACGGGGACAAUCCAGAGGACAUCGCAGCGGUCAUGGUACUCAAGGAGUUCAUCCUCCCCUCAGAGAAGGAGGGCUUCAUCCACCGCAUGCGUGACAUCAUCAAGCGGGCGGAGUCGUUGAUGGCCAAGGAGCCCGCGGAGGCCACAGGGGGGCCUCGGCCACCCUGUCUUGGGGGGGCCAGCUCGCUAUUUGCGUCACAGCCGAAUUUGCACGCGCACAGCCUGGCUCGAACCAGCUCGUCCUCAUCGUUGCCUGCAGACUUCAACAUGUCCAGCCCCAGCCACGUGAGCCGAGGCUUGGUGUCGGCUUCGGACUCCGUCUUCGAUCCAGACGUUACCUCACCGGGACGCCAUAUCUCGCGCUCGCGCUCCUUUAACAACGCUCCAGCCUCUCCGCAGCAGUACCAGCCCCCAAACCUGUGGUAUUCCCCUGUCUCCACGCCAGACCUCGGCCUGUCGCACCCUGCCCUGGCACACCUGCAGCAGUACCCCGGGUCUCCCUACGUGACCACGAGCCGCUUCCCCUUCCCGUACCCGGUGACCCCCGGCGCUCCCAAGUCGCCUCUGGCCCACCAGCCUGUCACCCGCACCUCGAGCAGUCCCAGCUUCUCGUCCUCCUCCGUGGGCGGCGAUGGCGCCCCCUUGCCCCCGCUGACCCCGCACCCCGGUGUUUGGCAGGCCCAGAACCAGCCCCUCAUCUCCCUAGCCAACAUGCUUUCCAUGGCCAUGAGCAUGGCACACUUCAUGCCACCACCUCCCUACCCUCCUCAGAUGCCCCCCCACGUGGCACCCCAGGCCACUUACCCUGCCUUCAGCCCCCACUACCAGACAAUGCCUGGGGAUUCCUCCUACCACCAGGGGGCAGCGGCAGGUCAUCCAGACUAUUAUCAGAACCUCGAGGCCUACUCUCGCCCACUGGAGGGUGAUGUGCCCCUCCAGCCAGGACUCCCCAAUGCCUCACAUGUGAGCUCAGCCUGGCCUCCCACCCCGACUGAGUCUUUUAAUCAGCCAACUCAGCAAUCUGGUUCUUCACCCUUUUGCACGCCGCAGCGCGACCCAGCCUUCGGAACGCUGUCUCAGGACCAGCCCGGUCGCUUGGCCUCUUCCUUGUCUUCCUCUUCGUCCUCAUCACGCUCAGACAGUCCUCAGAGCACGGUGUCAUCGCCCAGCACAGGGUCGUUGUCUCCGCCACUGAAAAAGCACACCGCUGGGGGUGCCACAGAGGUCCGACACUCCCCCAUUUACAAUGUGGGCCGUUUCCACGUGACACCCAGUAAGGACCCCCCCAUGGCUGGCUCCCCCCCUGUCACUCCUGCCCCGUCCCCCACUGCCGCAUGCCACCCCAGGAGCGGCACGGGCAGCAGCACAGAGGAGCAGGCUGUGUCUGAGGCCAGCCUCAGCACCUCGCUCACAGCCACCCCACCGCAGAACACCACAGGGGUGGAGGGGGGAGCGAAAGGUGGCGAGGCGAAAGGGGAGGAGGCGGAGCAGCACACUGAGCACAAGAAGAGCACCCUGGAGCGCUGCCUCAGUUUCCCAGGCACCGCGGUGAUCAGCAACCUGUCGGUGACGCCCCAGGAGCCGGAUGGGCGGCAUUGGGAGGGGGCAGCAGGAACGCAGCACCUCUGGGUGGGUUGCAACCGCAGCUCCUCCUACCUGAGCAGCGAUGACACAGAGAGCGAGGACGAGAACAUGUGGGAGGAGCUGCAGGAGCUCCGUGAGAAACACCUGUCGGAAGUGCAGGCCCUACAGGCUGCUCAGAAACGGGAGAUCGAAGAGUUAUACGAGAAGAUGGGCAAGAUGCCCCCUGCCGGCAUUGUCUCUCCAGCCGCCAUGCUGUCCAGCCGCCAGAGGCGCCUAUCCAAAAGCGGGGCAUGCCCACCAUCCCGAAGGAACAGCCUACAGAGGCUUGAAAUCCUGCCCCCUGCAGGAAUCAUGAGGAAGAGUUCAUUCAGCGGGAGCAGCAGCGGCUCCCAGGACAGGUCGAGCAAAGGCGUGACCUUCGCUACAGACUAUACGCGAAUGGUGAGCGUCCUGUCCUCUGCAAUGGGCAAAUCUACCUGCAAUGCUGCACAUACAGCACAUGUACUACCAGGCAGGAAAUGCAGCAAAAGCUGUUCGUUAGACAUCCAGCCUAAUGUCCGCACUGUGUUCCUUCCCAGUGAUGAGCCUCUGCAGUGGGACCUUUCAGGACUACCUCAGCUGCAGUGUGGCUCGUUCUUCAAGGAUGUAGCGACCCACAGUCUGAAAAGACGAGGGUCGUAGGACUCUGUGGGAAUCGCGUCCAACUCGGCAGAGUUCUCUUAAACGUGCUGUGCUUUCUAGUCCGGUCUGCCUGGCUAAUGCAGCCUUCGACAUGACCAGGCAAUUACUAUUUGGAGGAGAUACUGUAACGGCAAUAAUUCAGACGCUCCAUUAUAGCUGGAAAUGGCUUGAUCUUGCUUACGGGAGAGGGUGUUAUCUCAGCCCUCCUUAGAAGAAGUCCGCUUGCCCGUUCCAGGUAUAAAGUGGAACGCUCUUUUCCAGACAUGAUGUGUGAGGCAGCCGGCACGGAGCCUUGUGAGAGACACACUGUACUGCUCUGUGUAACACUGCAUCUGCAGUCAGUCCUCUGCUACUCUCUCCCUUAUGAUUUUGCACUUUAAAGCCACAACAGACCAGAUGUAGCCACAGCACCCCCUGGCUGCGGGAGCAGGCACGCGCACUGGGCUGUGCCGUUUCAUAUGCUUUCUGCUGUAAGAAAAAGUAAUAUUACUGCUGAGUAUGUUUCCGGCCUUUUUCUGCGUCGUGAUUCACUCCUUUUGGACAGGUGGACUGUUUCCAAAUUUUUGCCUGUCUGUUUUCUCACAAUGCACUCGUACACAACACUUUCAGCUCAAAUUGUUAAUUGUCACUGAUAGUGGUCAGACUUUUGAUGGCAAACUAAAGCUCUUCAUUUAUGUCCUGUUUCAUCUUUGGCGAAACCUCCAGAUCAAGGAUAGUGAGAGAUUAUUACUGGUUUUUAAACUGUUUCAUUAAUUCUGAAGAUGAUUGUACGGUAUUCCUGAACAUAACUGACUGAUCUCAGCUAAAUCAUGGAGUUUGAGAGUUUAGUUGAAAUAAUGUUAGCAAUGACAGAGUACAUGGGAAAUAUAGAUUCCAAAAUCUGCGUGUUUAACUCUGGGGGGCAAAAUACAUUUUUGAAGACUGGCUCUUAAUACUUGGUAUGUUUACCUAAAAAGUCCAAUGAUGUAUCCAUAACAUCAGCAUUUCUCUGAAAGCCCUGUUUGUUCAGGCUGCACCAGGAUUCUCAUCCCCAUUACUACACAGCAUGCAGGGUUUCCGGGUCUGUAGGCCACUGAGACAGAAAACUAAACAGGCACAAUUAGGUCAGUAAUUACUGAAGCUGAUCGCCACUUGCUCACAUAGAUUGAAUGGGAUACAUUCUGCAGAGACCAAGGCUUAUGGAUGCAGAUGGAUGGCCACCCUGUCCCCAGAAUCAUGAAAACUUCAAGUUAAAUCCAACCUUAGAUUUUCCCAGUUAAUCAUAAACAAUGCGGAAGAAAUCUUAAAAACAAACAAAAAUAGGAGUAAUUCACAGCCCUGCGUAAUAUUUCCAUGUUCAUGCAGCAAGAGUAAACAUUAAAAAAUGCCUCUGAAUUGUGGGAUGAUUUAGUCCAGUGAAAAUCAGUGAAAAUUAGCUAAGAUGACAGACACCUCCACCCUCUAGACUGGGGAUGUUCACAGUGUACAGUAACAGACUGGCAUUGUGAGCAGCCUCUUCUAAAGACACCAGCCUGCAUGUUUUGUUUAGCACUGUAUAUUUUUUUAAAAAAUAUAUAUAUAUAUUGUAUUUUAAACUGUGAAUUUUAAACUAAUGCCUUACAUUAUGAACAUUGAGAAAUCAUGUACAGGUAUUACAGAUCAAGUGAAUUUUUAUUCAUUUAUUGGUAUGAAAAAAUAGUCCGGGCCAGAGUUAUCAAAUACGAUCCUGGAAGUAAGCAUCUGUUUAUUCUCCUUUUCUGGAUGCUUCCAUUCACAGAUUAUUACAAUUUGUGACUUUUCUUUUUUCUGGACUAGUGCUAUAAACUACAGCAUUUCUUGAAAAACUCCUUCCUAGGAAUUUAGUCUUACACACCAUAUUCAAUAUGUUGUGAAAUAUUUGCCAAUAGUGUUGGUAACACAAUGUUGUACUGCCAUGCUGAAUCUGUGCCUUUUGUCUUUCUUUUCCAUGUUGUCCCUUAAGUUUAGUAUAUUUUUCCUUAAAUCAUUUGUAAAAAUGGAUUAAAAAUAUUUUUUCUUA